AUGAUAUUCCAGAGUGAAGAAGUAACAGAGACAUCUGCCAAAAAUAGGAACAGCGGACUACAGAUCAGUGAUGAUGGUGAUAGAAGCACUGGAGAAUAUAACUCAGAAGAGUGGCUGAACCUUAGCCUUGGCAGAAGUGAGGCGUUCGUGGCUGGAGACAAGGAUUUCCAAUCAAAAUCUGCUACCAGCAAGGAGUUCAUGUGCAACUUCUGCAUGAGGAAGUUCUUCAGCUCACAAGCACUGGGCGGCCACCAGAAUGCACACAAGAGGGAGAGAGGUGCAUUCAAGAGGUUUCAAUCUCUGAGGAUGAUGGCUGCCUUUGGGUUGGCCCCUAGUAGCCCAAUAGCCCACUCACUUGGUGUUCAGCCUCACUCAUUCGUCCAUAAACACAGCAGAAAAGGGACGGCUGUAGGAAGAUUUACUGAUGCAGACAGGGGGUUCCGGGCAUCAGGGACUGCAUUUGAGCUUGAAGAAGCAAUGGAUUUGAAAUGGCCAGGAAGCUUUUACAUAGACUUGGAAAAGCCUGAACAGCCAUUGGAACUGCCAAAGCUGGACUUAAAUCUUCGACUUUGA